CUUGUGUCAAAAUUCCAGUAAGUCGAUUCGAAAUCCUUGGUCAACACAUGAAUAAUCAGAAUGCGCGCUGGGCGCCGUACGGCCUGGGAAGAAGAGGAGGAGAUGGCCAGCCGGAUGAUGAUGGGCCGCAGAUUGUGGUCAUUAAUGAACGGGAGCUGCGGGCGUUUAUUUAUCGGGUGUACCUGGGCACCGUUGGGCUGUGUAUCCUCUCGGCGAUUCCGUGGAUCGUCCUGUCGGCGCUCGCGGUGAACGUGUACCUGGCCAUCCCGGUGCCGCCGUUCGUGUGGCUGAUACUGUCCCUGAUCAUCCUCACGGUGCUCAGCUGCGUCCGACAGACGCCCGCCCUGACCCUGUUCUGCUGGGGCAUGGUCUUGGGCUCCCUGUUCUUCGUCACUCUGUACGGAGCGUACUAUAUGUUCCUGGUGAACGUGUGGGUCCUCCUGGUCGCCAUGGUCCUGGCCGGCACCCUGCUGGCCCUCCUGCACUUGUACGGAGCCAGAAGUCCGGAAGUCCUGCUGCCCAACCUCAUCUGCACUUGCUGCAUUUUCCUGCUAGCCACCAUUACCAUGAUUGUGCUGCUCAUCCUCUUCUUGGUCAUCCACGAUCUGCGCUACAUGCUGGGCUUUGCCAUUGUGUUCGUCAUCCUGAUCAUCUUCAUGGCCCCCUUCCAGGCCCGCUAUAUCUGCGGAAGGCUGCAGCAGGUGCCCUACGGGGAGACGGCCAGCUCCGCCAACGGGAUUUACCUGCACUUCGUCUUCCUGCUCUGCUGCAUGCUCAUCUUUGUCGUGUACUACAAGUCCGUGAAUUAAAUGUGAGGAACAAGUGAAUUUUCGGGAGUACUAUAAUAAAGAAUAAAUGUAUUAAAUGUC